AUGCGGUCAAGCAUCGCCUGCGCGCGCUGCCGCCGAAGCAAAAUCAAGUGCGUCAACUCGGGUAUCGACACCACCUGUCGCGCUUGCGAGUCCUCCGGUCGAGACUGUGUUUACCCGACGCCUGCCAUUGGCGUCGGCGGUGCCAAACGAGAUAUCGCGGCCCUGGCCGAAGGGGAGGACCGCAAUGGGGAUUGGGAUAGUCCUAAGCGACAGCGCUCUCGCAAGGCCGUCGGUCUGUCCUCCGCGGGCAAAGAUGCUUCCAAGGCAGGCCUCGAUGCGCUCGAUCCAUCCAUCCUGACACUCAAGGUUUGGGAGGCCGUCCUCGAUCUCUUUCAGUCUCACUAUGCCACGUUACUUCCUUUUCUCCAUCCCGCCUCCUUUAUGAGCCAGGUCAGGCAGCUUUCUGGCAGCCGGUCGUCGCCUUCAGCUCCGAAUACGGCCCUUCCUAACCAUCAAGAUCCCCCUCGAGAACAAGGCCUGAACCCGUCAGCACCACCUAACCCGCUUAUUCCUCUGGGCGUCCUUGCCCUUACUGCUCGUUUCCACCCUCAACUCGCCGCCUACCAUUCGCCCGGCUCUCCAGGGCACCCAUCAAACCCUCUUGCUGCCUCAGAAUACUAUGCGACAGCGCUGCGUAGCCGGCUGGCCGGCGUCGACGGCGCUAGUCUGGCCGUUCCUGACCUUACGCGCGUCCAGGCAUUGCUUAUGCUCGCCUUGCAUGAAUGGGGCAUGUGCCGUGGCAAAAGUGCCUGGCUGUAUGUGGGAAUGGCCAUCCGUCUGUCCCAAGCCAUGGGGCUACCUUUCGAGCUGGAAAACGAUCUAUAUUCUAGAGAUGUACCAAGAUCACCAGCCCUGAAGAUGGAAGCAGAUAUGUUCGGCCUGCCACGCCGCCCCGAGCAAAAAGAACAAACAUCGGACGAGGUGAUGGCACAAGAGACGAAGCGUCGUACUUUUUGGGCAUGUUUCAUCCUCGACCGUUUUCUAAGUAGCGGCAAGUACCGCCCACGAAUGAUCAGAGUCAAGGAGUUGGGCAUCCAAUUGCCUAGUGACAAUGCCUUUGCGUUCGGAGAGCGGGUGCGAACAUCUCGCCUGAGUGACCCGGUCGGUCGGCGUCCGCAAAGCUUCAGCUCCCAAGGCGUUCAAAUUCCCAGUAUCCGUCAGAGUAUCGGCGUAUUUGGCGAGGAGAAGCUUAUUCCCAACGGCUCAGAUAACCGCCCGUGGUCGCCUGUGUCGCGACGGAAAGACUCUGCUGAGGAUGAGAUUGACCGGUGGGAAAUCGGUGCUGAAGAGUCGGUGCUAAGUCGCGCCGUCCGUAUCAUCCGCGUGUGGGGAAGUAUCGCCAAGUGGUCGUGCGCUGGCGGCCGACGAACCGAACAGUUACCACCAUGGCAUCCCGACUCACGCUUCUACCGGCUUCGAACAUCGCUAGCAGAAUUCCGGGAUGCGUUAUCCCGUAAUCUGCAAUACUCUUCCCGCAAUACCGACACCCAUAUCAACAUGUACAAGAACACCCUUCCUCCAUAUACCGUCAUGCACUUGGCCUAUUUCCUUUCUGUCAUCGUGCUCCACCGCUCCUAUAUACCAUUCCUCCCUGUGCGCUGCACAGAACCCAUUGGGCCUCUUGAUGAGCCAGUUGAUAAGACUGGGAUGCCUGAAGGGUUUUGGCGCGACAGCGCACGCGAGCUCUUCGCAGCUGCUCGGCAGCUGAUGGAUUUGGUAGUAACUUGUCAGGAGCAAUGUGUGCUAGUUGAGAACCCUCUUGUCGGGUUUGCCAUCUACAAUGCCGCAUUUGUCGGCAUCUACGCGGCUCAUUUCCCGCAUAUGGACCUUGACGGCGUUCUCGGUCCGGUAGCUCGUGGAGAUCUCGGUCCGGUAUAUCGUGGCGACCCGCAAGGUCCGGUUCAAUCACGCAAGGUCCUAAGUAUCCUACGUGAGAUGCGGCCGCGCCUAAAGAUGGCAGCGGGCUGGUUCCGCACCCUGAAUCGCCUACACAGCUACUUCUCCAAGGUUAAGCGUGACUACCGCCGUAAUUCUCGCAGAUCAGAUAUGUUACCUCCAGACGUACUUGAUCCACACAGCGCCAACGGAAUCCGUCCCGUUCGUGAAGGCGGAGCUGGAGGGGGCUUGGAGGAGUUCAAGCUUCUGGAGAAGCUGUUCCUCGAUUUCGGUAUUAUCGACGACCAACUUCCUGAUGCUCACGCCGAAGAAGACGGUGACCGUGCCACAAACAUCAGUGAAACCGGCAGCAACCACAUUCGCAGCGACCCCGGCGAUCUGGGUGAGGGUCCGCUGGAUGGCGCAGGCGGCCGUCGCGAGUCCUGGGUCCCUGUCAACAGUCCGGGUCUACCGCUCCCAAGUCUAGACGAACGCCGACCAAGCCUCCCACUGCCACCAGGCCGGUCUCUUCAAUCUCAAUCUCCUUUCUCGCUGCCGUCACUCCAGCAUCAACACCAGCAUCACCCAGAAGGUCAAUACAACAGCUCCUCUCCAACUCUCCCUUCCCUCGCACCAGCAAACGCCUACGGUGGCCUCCCUCCCGGCCCUGGUCCAACAUCAUCAGCUCCCGCGUCAUCAGCACGUUUGCAGCCGAUCAACUCCUGGCUCAAUUCUCGCUCUCAGCCUCCACCAACACCUUACUCCCAGUCUCUUCCGCCUAUCAGCGCCGCCGCGCCAACGCAUCACCCCCAGAUGCUACCGCCGCCUGGGUCCAUCGGGCACCCUGGUGCCUCUCCGCCUGCGACGAUUGAUGGCGCGGAGAGCUUCAAUCAUCUCUGGUCAACUAGUCUUGGCGGUGACGAUAUUCUUGCCUUCCUGGAAGGCAGCGAGUACGCGCCAUCUCCUGGUUCUGGCGCUGGAGGCAUGUCUCUGCCGUCUGAAGUCGGUAUUCCAACAGGCUGGUUGAGCACCGUCUGGACGGAAUUCCGGUGA